UUUCAAACGGACGCCAUUGUAAAACUUGAUGGUGAACGUAGUGAGGUCUCCGGUGACAGAAUGAUGAUCUGCAACAAACACAGUUAAGCCAUCAUCUCUACCAAAUAUGUCGCAGCAACCAAGGAAAAUGAUCCACCUUCCAAAGGUGAGGAUGUUGAGCCGUGGAGGCCGGCCAUCCUCAGGUAUAAGGAUCACACAGGUCAAAUCCAUCAAACCGCCAGACCCUGAGAUGGUGAAGAAGACGGAGGAGGAAAUACUAAGAGCACAGCUUCAGCAAGAAAUCGUCUCUCGCUCCCGGAUGUGCGCAUACAAAGGUUACGAGUGCACCCUACCAGUGUUAACAGGGCGACAGUACUGCUACGAGCAUAUAUUGAAGGACCCAACCGCACCGUACAGACAAUGUACGCAUACCUCGAACAACGGCGACAGGUGUCAACUGCCAGCACCACUUGAACAGCGCGAUCAUAGGGAUCAGAGUUUGUGCUACGAGCACGCUCGCCUGGCGCUGCAGGCUCGGCUGCGGAGCGCCGCGCCUCCGCCGCCGGUGGCCACCGCCGAGACGCUGUUGCAUCAGCUGCAGCACUACGUGCGGCCGGAAAGGACAAGAACGACGUCAUGCGCGUCAGCUGUGUCGGUGGUGAGCGACCCUGCCGACUCGGAACCACUCGCGUCCACGCCUGUCGACCCCUUCAAACAAAUCGACGCGACAGCAGUGAACGCGUCAUACUCGACGACGAUUAUGGAGUACGCGAGUUGUACAGACAGCGAUUGCGACAGUGUGACCCUGGGGCCGGACGGAGACUGCCGCGGGGGCCACGACGAGGACCUGUCUGAUGCUGAGGAUGCUCCGUGCGAGGACCAGCCGCUAUGGCGGGCUGGUGUAUAUACUGCGGAAGAGGCUGUAUCGGAGACAAAGAAUGCUCUCAAGACUCUUCAAGCGGCGUAUAUCCGCCAGAUGGGACGCCUGCGUGUCUUACUGCAGACCGCGAGGCUGCAGUAUAUCAGGUCGCUGAAAGCUGAAAAGGAACAGUACUGCAGUAUUAACGCUCAAGCCCGGAGCGGUCCAUUGUCUAUACGCGAGAGAAGGCAGCUUCGCAAACUGAAGGCGUACGCGGGCUACCACAGGAAACAUGGUGUGGAAGCGUUACUUGCGAAAAAGUUACAUCAAAAACGGGCUAAGACUGAUUGUAUGGAGACUCGCGGUGCGACGGGUGGCCGCGGCUGUGUGUUCGCAGAGGGCGGGGUUCGAUGCAGCGGCCGUGCCUUGCCCGCCGCUAAGCAUUGCUCGCAACACGUGCUAAGAGAUAAUAAGCAGGUCCUGUUCGUGCGGUGUGGAGUGGGCAUCGCCGGCGUGGGAGCCUGCAACGAGCCGGUGGCGAAGUUACCGUUACCAGCCGCCACCUGCCGUUAUCACGCGACCCCGCCCGCAUAUACCGUCUUUGCGCUUAAGAAAGACGAAUCGGACAGUGACAGCGAGUCGCAGUCCAGCACCGACGGUUCCCACACAGAAGAGAUGGACCGCUCUAUAGAAGAUCAAGUGCCAAUCCCGGAGAGCAUAACGCAAGAAGACUAUGAAUGACACGUGGACUACGACAUGUCAAUGUCGUAUGAACUUGAUUAUUAACUGUAACAUGAAGAAGGAAGAAGGGGUGCAAAUCCCAUUUGAUAAAAAGGGGUCCGAAGCUUUUUUGACAAGAAUGGAUGCGGAUCUUAUUUGAUAAAGAGGGGUCCAAAGCCUUUUUUUUAAUAAGAAUACAUGCAGAUCCUAUUUGAUAAAAAAAGGUCCGAAAACUUUUUGACAAGAAUGGAUGCGGAUCUUAUUUGAAAAAAGGGAA